AUGGCGGAUCGCAUGUCGAUUGCUUUUCUCGCGCCUUCUGAGCUGUCGGAGGCCGCUCCUGCCGUUUCGGCUGUGGCAGUCCCUCCGCCGAUCAGAUCGGAGGCGAAUCCGGGGAAAGUCGACAGAUUCCAAGAUAGUGAAGAAACGGCAAGAUCUCGACUGGUGCACGCUCCCUUCUUGGUCAGCGGCACGGGGUACGAUGCAUACGCCGCAGACGACAGGCGCCGUCAUGGUGGGAGGGCAGAUGAACGUCGUCGCCGCGACGAAAGACGCUCGUCAUCCGACGAUUCCUCCCGAUCAAUGGCGAACGAAGAAGCGUACCUGAGUGGUUUCCGACGACAGCCUCGCUCACCCCGGCCAACGUACAGCGAGGAGCAGCGCUUCUUUGUAAUGUAUGCACGUCUGGUGCAAGACAAGUCUUGGCCCGACAUCGAAGAAGACUUCGCGACCAUCUUCAAGCAACGAUCCAAGGGCGGGCUAUGCUCGCUAUACUACCGCAUCCGACGCAAUUGGGGUUUGGAGGAUGUGCUCAAAAGCGAUGCCAACUACUGGGCCAUGGAGCGGCGGAUUGUAGAUGAGAAAGCCUUCAACUUCUCGCAGGACUUCUUACUCAGCAUUGGAUAUCUUCGCAGGAGUUAG